AUGUAUGUUAGAUGUGCAGUGGCAGACCGUGCCCUGCCUUCACCGCCAUUAGCACUGAACUCCAGCAUAUUGAUCGUCGGAGCAGGAACUUGGGGCAGCUCAACAGCUAUUCAUCUGGCCCGUAGAGGUUACAGCAAUAUCAUCGUCCUUGACUCUUAUCCAACACCCUCUCCAAUUUCUGCAGGAAACGACAUCAACAAAAUCCUUGAAUUGAGCUCGUCAGCACCACGCGGUUCGGCAGAAAGAUACGUAUCUGAUAAGCUUGCGGAGGACGCCAUCCGAGGCUGGAAGCAAGAUCCCGUAUAUAAAGACCUAUACCAUGAGACCGGGGCAGUAACGGCUGCGACCAGUGAGCGAGGUCGAGAAGCGCUCAACGAAGGAGAUGGUUACAGCGAGGCCAACGGAUGGACACCGUUGAGAACGAAAGAGGACUUUCGCAAGACAAUGACCGCAGGAGUCCUUACCGGGGAUUUUCCAGGCUGGCAGGGCUGGUAUAAGAAAAAUGGAUGUGGGUGGGUGCAGGCACGAAAAGCACUGCAAAAUACAAUCAUUGAAGCAAAGAGACUCGGCGUUACUUUCAUUACUGGCGAGCGUGGUCAGGUAACCAGCUUGAUUUACGAAGAUGCUGACGUAAAAGGUGCCGUUGUCACAGAGGGUCCUGCGUUUCUUGCGGAUCGGGUAAUUCUAUGUGCAGGCGCGAAUGCUGCAAGAAUCUUCGACAUGAAAGACCAACUUCGUCCAUCUGCAUGGACUCUUGCUCACAUCAAGAUGACGCCCGAAGAGGCUAAGCUAUACAGAAAUCUUCCUGUGCUUUUCAAUAUUGAACGUGGGUUCUUCAUGGAACCCGAUGAAGACAACCACGAGCUGAAGAUUUGUGAUGAGCAUCCAGGAUAUUGUAAUUGGGAGACAAGUCCGGACGGACCUCAACGCGUUAGCACUCCUUUCGCGUAUCAUCAGAUUCCUAUUGAAGCAGAGGAACGAAUUCGAUCCUUCUUGCAGGACACGAUGCCCCAUCUUGCUGACAGACCGUUCUCUUUCGCUCGUAUCUGCUGGUGUGCAGACACCCCCAAUCGAUCUUUCUUGAUCUCGCGACACCCUAACUAUCCUAGUCUCGUGCUCGGCGUUGGCGGCUCCGGUCAUGGGUUCUCUUAUAUUCCUGCGAUAGGGAACGUCAUUGCUGACUGUUUAGAGGACGUUAUGGAUCCAAAACAGAAGCAACUCUUCCGAUGGAGGCCAGAGACAGCUGUUGAUAGAGAUUGGUCGGAUCUUCAAGAUCGAUUCGGUCCGGAAGGUAGCAAUCAUGUCAUGGACUUUCAGAGAGUGAAAGCCUGGACGAAUAUUGAGUAUAGCAGACGUGAGCCGAGAUUAUAG